GGGUCCCCAUCGCUCAACUCCUGCCCACUCUCCCACCUGCUACCCUGAUCAGAGUCAUCAUGCCUCGAGCUCCAAAGCGUCAGCGCUGCAUGCCUGAAGAAGACCUUCAAUCCCAAAGUGAGACACAGGGCCUCGAGGGUGCACAGGCUCCCCCAGCUGUGGAGGAGGAUGCUUCAUCAUCCACUUCCACCAGCUCCUCUUUUCCAUCCUCUUUUCCCUCCUCCUCCUCUUCCUCCUCCUCCUCCUCCUGCUAUCCUCUAAUACCAAGCACCCCAGAAGAGGUUUCUGCUGAUGAAGGGACACCAAAUCCUCCCCAGAGUGCUCAGAUAGCCUGCUCCUCUCCCUCAGUCAUUGCCUCCCUUCCAUUAGACCAAUCUGAUGAGGGCUUCGGCAGCCAAAAGGAGGAGAGUCCAAGCACCCUACAGGCCCUGCCAGACAAUGAGUCUUUACCCAGAAGUGAGAUAGAUGAAAAGGUGACUGAUUUGGUGGAGUUCCUGCUCUCCAAGUAUCAAACGAAGGAGCCGAUCACAAAGGCAGAAAUACUGGAGAGUGUCAUAAAAAAUUAUGAAGAACACUUCCCCGUGGUGUUCAGUGAAGCCUCCGAGUGCAUGCUGCUGGUCUUUGGCAUUGAUGUAAAGGAAUUGGACCCCACUGGCCACUCCUUUGUCCUUGUCACCUCCCUGGGCCUCACCUAUGAUGGGAUGCUGAGUGAUGUCCAGAGCAUGCCCAAGACUGGCAUUCUCAUACUUAUCCUAAGCAUAAUCUUCAUAGAGGGCUACUGCACCCCUGAGGAGGUCAUCUGGGAAGCACUGAAUAUGAUGGGACUGUAUGAUGGGAUGGAGCACUUCAUUUAUGGGGAGCCCAGGAAGCUGCUCACCCAAGAUUGGGUGCAGGAAAACUACCUGGAAUACCGGCAGGUGCCUGGCAGUGAUCCUGCACGGUAUGAGUUCCUGUGGGGUCCAAGGGCCCAUGCUGAAAUUAGGAAGAUGAGUCUCCUGAAAUUUUUGGCCAAGGUAAAUGGGAGUGAUCCCAGAUCCUUCCCACUGUGGUAUGAGGAGGCUUUGAAAGAUGAGGAAGAGAGAGCCCAGGCUAGAAUUGCCACCACAGAUGAUACUACUGCCAUGGCCAGUGCAAGUUCUAGUACUACAGGCAGCUUCUCCUACCCUGAAUAAAGUAAGACAGAUUCUUCACUGUGUUUUAAAAGGCACGUCAAAUACCACAUGAUCUCACUCAUAUGUGGAAU